GACGUUCGACAUGCGGAAACUGUUUACGUUAGCAGCUAGUAGCUCUUCGUGGUCCAGCCGCCAUUCCGGGAGCCUCUCCCCUCUGUUUAAACGUUGUAUUUAAACAAGUAGUGGGUUUUUCUGUUUGUCGUCUUUGGUUAAAAUGGGGAAAGCGGAUUUUCUCUCCCCAAAGGCGAUAGCCAACCGGAUUAAGUCUAAAGGUCUCCAGAAGCUGAGGUGGUAUUGUCAGAUGUGUCAAAAACAAUGCCGAGAUGAGAAUGGCUUUAAAUGUCACUGCAUGUCCGAGUCCCACCAGAGGCAGCUGCUGCUGGCCUCGGAGGACCCAAACAAGUUCAUGGACUACUUCUCAGAUGAGUUCAAAAACGACUUCAUUGAGCUGCUCAGCAGACGUUUCGGGACCAAGCGAGUGCACAACAACAUCAUUUACAACGAAUACAUCAGCCACAGAGAGCACGUGCACAUGAACUCCACAAAGUGGGAGACGCUCACCGACUUCACCAAGUGGCUCGGCCGAGAAGGUCUCUGCAAGGUGGACGAGACGCCCAAAGGCUGGUACGUCCAGUACAUCGACCGCGACCCGGAGACCAUCCGGCGCCAGGAGGAGCAGGCGAGGAAGAAGAAGCAGGACCUGGACGACGAGGAGCGGAGCGCCAAGUUCAUUGAGGAGCAGGUCCGCCGAGGCCGCGGCGCCAAGGAGGUUGAGGAAACUCCAGUUUUUACCGAGCUGAAACGUGAGAGCGAAGAAGAAAAAGUCGCUUUCAACAUGGGCGCCUCUGCGUGCGUCGCCGGUCCUUCCAAAUCAAGCGCUGCUCUGGGUGCGAGUGCCCUCAAAGCGGCGGCGGCGGCGGCAGCGGCCACCAAGAGGAAAGACGCCAGCUCCGACACCAGGGGGGACAAGAAGAAGAAAUCCGCCCUGGAGGAGAUCAUGGAGAUGGAGGAGAAGAAGAGGAAGAAGCAGUCGGUCCGAACGGAUUACUGGCUGCAGCCCAACAUCGUGGUGAAAGUCGUCACCAAGCGGCUGGGGGAGAAGUACCACAAGAAGAAGGCCGUCAUCACGGAGGUGCGCGAGAAAUACGAAGCCGUGGUGAAGAUGAUCGACUCCGGGGACAAACUGAAACUGGACCAGAACCACGUGGAGACGGUCAUACCUGCACCAGGUAAACGGGUCUUGAUCCUGAACGGUCCGCACAGAGACGCCGAGGCUCUGCUGGAGGGGAUCGACGAGAAGAACUUCAGCGCGACGCUCACGCUCGAGUCUGGUCACCUGAAGGGGACGAGAGUGGACGUCGCCUACGAGGAUUUCUCUAAACUGGCCUGAAGCAAAAACCUCAGGGACUCUACUGUGUCAGAGUCAUUUGUACAUAAACGCAUCAUCACCCCAGAGGAGCAACGCAGUCAAUGUGUUUAUCUUUUUUUAUUUUGUAUCCGCAUUCAAGUUGAUCUCAGCAUUGCAGAAUGUACAUUUUGUUCCAAAUAAAUUCAACAAAAUGUU